GGGCAGUCAACUGUUGCCGGCUUCCUCCCACAUGCAGAGGAAACGAGCGGCAACCACAGAAGAAAAAACUCCCCCUGAAAUGAAUUGAAUGAACGUUCUAGGCUGAAAAAAAAAAAAAAACACUUACUUUUUAUUCAAACUGGUUUGUUUAAAGCCUACUGAAGGGUAUAUUUUGGAGUGAUAAUGUCAGGGAUACCUCCAGACACAUGGCAGCCGCCAACAGUGGCUCUGGACACGACGAUGGGGACGGUUGUGGUGGAGCUAUACUGGAAACAUGCACCAAAGACCUGCAAGAACUUUGCAGAGCUGGCCAGAAGAGGCUACUACACCAACACAAAGUUUCACCGAAUAAUCAAAGACUUCAUGGUGCAGGGAGGAGACCCUACAGGAACAGGUCGCGGUGGUGCCUCCAUAUUUGGUAAACAGUUUGAAGAUGAGCUGAACCCAGAACUGAAAUUCACAGGUGCUGGUAUUCUGGCGAUGGCCAACGCAGGACCGGACACAAACGGAAGCCAGUUCUUCUUCACUCUCGGACCCACUCAGUGGUUAGAUGGAAAGCACAGUAUUUUUGGAAGAGUAUGCCAGGGGAUGGGAGUGCUGAACCGGAUUGGGAUGGUGGAGACAAGUGGUCAAGAUCGUCCAGUUGAUGAUAUUAAAAUCAUCAGAACUAAUGUAGCCAAUUAAACAAAUACUGAUUAUUUUUUACACUGAUUUUUUUUUUUUUUUUUAAAUAAAUGUUUCAAUGUUUC